UCAUUUCAUAUUAGUAGUAGGCCAACACAUGGAACCACCAUAAAUACCAUCCCUCAAAGUGUAUCAUCUUUUACUUUUGGCUUUAAGACCAGCUUCCUAGCAAAGUGGGGUGAUUUUCCUCUCUUUGAAGACUCCAUAGCUUUUUCUUUUCGUCUUUCCCCUUUUUCUAACUCUUUAAUCCAUGGAUACAGCUCAGUGGCCACAGGGAAUUGGGAUAGUUAAGCCCAUGGAAGCUUCAAGACCUAUGGUGGAGAGAAGGGCUAGGCCUCAAAAGGAUCAAGCUUUGAACUGUCCCAGGUGCAAUUCAACUAACACCAAGUUUUGUUACUAUAAUAACUACAGUCUUUCUCAGCCAAGAUACUUCUGUAAGACUUGUCGAAGGUAUUGGACCGAUGGUGGUUCCCUCAGGAAUGUUCCUGUUGGAGGAGGUUCAAGGAAGAACAAGAGAUCUUCAUCAUCAUCACCAGCUUCAUCAAAGAAGCUUGGUGAUCUGACCUCACCUGGUCUUCCUCAUUCUGCUUCUCAAAACCCUAAGAUCCAUGAAGGUCAAGACCUUAACAUAGCUUAUCCACCACCAACUGAAGACUACGAUAUCUUGUCAAAAUUCGUAGAGAUGCCCUAUAGCGCAGGUAACAAAAGUAACCAGCAAAACUCUAGCUCCUCAACUUCGACUCAUCUCAAUGCUAUGGAGCUGCUGAAGACUGGUAUUAAUUCAACAGGCUUGAGUUCAUUCAUGUCAAUGCCAAUUUCUGAUUCCAACACAGUGUACUCAAGUGGGUUUCCAAUGCAAGACUUUAAACCGACUCUCAAUUUUUCUCUUGAUGGAUUUGAAACUGGCUAUGGGAAUCUUCAAGGGAUACAAGAAAGUGGUGCUAGGCUUUUGUUUCCAAUGGAGGAAUUGAAGCAGGUUUCAAGCAGCACCACUAACGAAUUGGAGCAGAAUAGAGUGCAAGGAGGAUCUACUGGAUAUUGGAGUGGAAUGUUGGACGGAGGACAUUGGUGAAAUGAACAGCUAAAUAUAACAUGGUUAAACAGGGAGAUGGUGGUGUUUUUCCUUUUCUUCUUACAUGCUCGGUGACUAGUUUGAUGUUUGAUUACUAACAGUCAGGGUACAUGGGGCUUCAGCCUUUCUUUCAACUUUAGCCUUUUACCUCUUUCCCUUUUACUUGUAAUGCUGUAGUACCUUUCUCUACUCUUUUGAUCAGUGUGGUUGUUUGAAGCUUCUUUUAGGUCAGCUUCAAAAGGUUGACAUAAAUGCUGUGCAUAAAUGUAAAAGCAGCAGGAGACUCUUUUUUCUUUGUUUCUUUUGAGAGCUUCAGCUAUAAGACAAGAAAGGAGCUAGAGUUCUUGGCUACUUGCUGCUUCUUGGGGUUGCAAUGCACACAGUUGCACUGUGACUUUUGUUCACAUGUUUUCCACCACAGCUUGGGUUGUGAUUCAAGGACCCCUUCUCCGGUGUUUUAUGUUGUUGAUCUUCUAAUAAUGUGCCAUGUCGUUACUUAGGUAGCCAAAAGUUUUAAAAAAAGAAGAAUGUUAGCAGUUUCAUGAACAGAUAAUGAUUUUGGUUUAAUUUAACACUAGCUUUUGCGGGGGAAAUUGGUACUAAUUACAGCCAUGGAUUUUCCUUGAGCUCCAAGUGAGUUGGAAUAAUGGCCGUCAAUGUUUUGCAGCAUACUUUUCCUUCUUUUUUUGCUUUGUCAACAAGUCACAAGGGUAAGGUCUUAUCGGCACAUCUGGGUUUUGAGAGAUUCUUCCAACCCCCUUAACCUUCAGAAGCAAGUGUACUGUCUUGAGAAGGAAUAUAACCAAGAAAUGAAUUACCGACCCCAUAUGAGCCAUACCCCUCCCUGCACAUGCUUUUCCACUUUCUGUUGCAGGCUUGGUACCUACGAUCUUUAUCCUUUUUUUCUUUGGUACAAACCUUUUCUUUUAAACGUGAUCGGGGAUGAUUAAUUUUGGUUCUUAUAAUUAUUUUGAAUGAUUUCAUGACAUAAAUGUAAGAAUAAAUAUUUUAGACUAAGGUCUAGAUUACUUAAAA